AUGGGUGUUCUUUCAUUAUUCUGCUGUUCUGACACUAGUGAAGAUUCCUCAGACAGAAGAUCUCAGCAACCAGUUAAUGGACAAAAUCGUCAACUGAACAAAGCUAAAUCUACAAACGACAGCAACAAUAACAAUAACAAGACUAGCACCACUACCACUACUACUAAACAACCGCAACCAGCAAAAUCGGCUAAUGGGAACAAUAUGCACCGCCCUAAUUCAAAUUCAAAGACUGACUUAACCAACAAGAAGGGAUCUACAUUGAAUGGGAAAGCGACAACCAACACCACCACCCCAUCUGCAACUAAAUUAAAUGGUGACAAAAAGGAAAGCACCGAUGACGAUGAAUCAACUAUUGAACCUCCCACAAAUACGCGUCGAGUUAGUGCUGGUGAUAUAAUAGCUCAAGCUAGUCCCAAUGAGCAACCUUUGCCCACACCCAAUCAACAUCAACCAGAGCCACAACCAAUGGACGAAGACGUAGACACUGAUAUCGAUGAUUUUGAUGACACUCAAUCCAAUGGCAUCCUCGAUUUGAAACGACUUCAAACUGGUCAAGCACAUGACCCAGAAACUGGGUGCCUUUUAGGUUUGCCCACUGCUAAUAAAAAAUGUCUUGUGCUUGACUUGGACGAAACAUUGGUGCACUCUUCCUUCAAGUACUUGCGAAGUGCCGAUUUUGUUAUUCCAGUUGAAAUUGAUGGUCAAGUACACCAUGUGUAUGUAAUCAAGAGACCGGGAGUGGAUGAGUUUCUAGAAAGAGUGGGGAAAUUGUAUGAAGUUGUUGUCUUUACCGCUUCGGUGUCCAAGUAUGGUGACCCAUUGCUAAAUAAAUUGGAUUUCAGUCAAUCGGUUCUUCACAGGCUAUAUCGAGAUUCAUGCUACAAUUAUCAAGGAAACUUCAUCAAAAAUUUGUCGCAACUUGGGAGAAGAUUGGAAGAUACUAUAAUAAUUGAUAAUCUGCCGCAGUCGUAUCUUUUUCAUCCGGCAAAUGCUGUUCCCAUUAGUAGUUGGUUCAGUGAUUCCCAUGAUAACGAAUUGUUGGAUUUGUUGCCGUUUUUAGAGGAUUUGAGCAAACCCAAUGUCGAUAAUGUAGAGUUGGUGUUAGAUACCAGCUUAUAG